AUGAAAAGGAAUUUUAUACAACUUGGGGCUGUCACUACUCUUGCGAACACUCGACUUCGACGGCUUCGUUUUUCGAGACGGUGGAAAUUUUCUUCAGCGAUACUUAUAUGGUUAUUCCUUACUCUGUGCUACAUAUUGUACGAAGUUCAGUACAAGACCGGCAUAGAACUUCUACCCUUUCUGCCGAUUGAUGACAGCGGAUUUGAGUAA